AUGGCGCAGUAUUCAUUAUUAUUGACUAUUCACAUCUUCUUUCUUCUAACCGUCACCAACACCGUAAUCACCGAUGAAUCAGUUAAUGAUAGCGCCGCUGUCACCUUAGACACGAGCGCAUCUCCCACCGAUUCCCCUUCUUCAAUUUUAUUGCCUGCCUUCAUAACUACAUCUUACGACGAUUUUUCUAGUACUUUGUUACCUGAUGGUCAAACAUCAUCCCAAUCCUCCUCCAUGCCGUCACAACCUUCCUCCUCUUUCUUCCCGCUCCCAACCGACCCCUCGGAAACGUUUCCCGGCCAACUCCUUGGCGGACCUGAGGAUACGAACGAUUUUCGUCUAGCCAUCGCCGUCACCUACUUGAUGAUCAUUCUCAGUGCGUUAUUAGGUUUGUCUUCAUUCGUAUCACGUGACACGACCGACGUGCAACAGUUCACAGAAUUACUGGUGGUUAUUUAUUUUAUAAUCGAAUGUGAAGAACACAUCUUCAAUCCUUUGACAUUACACCUAUCGUGUUUUAUCGAGCUUUUUCUCAACGUUAACUGUGAUCCUACUAACAGAACACUUCUUGAUGCGGCAAGAAAUGGCAAUGGUCAUGGAUCAAGUGGUUCCUAUAUCAGGGAGUUCCGAAGUUUCUUUAGGCGGAGUUCUGGUUUCAGCAUCCGAAGUUUCAAUCUUCGAAACUUUGGAAGGAGCGGUAACGCAAACAAUCGAAGAUGGAGAGUAAACAAUGGAUUCGUGUCGGAAUAUUCGUUACAGGUUUACGCUCUGACCAAAAUAUUUCAGGUGAGUGACAAUCGAAUUGCCAAGAACUUUCUUAGUUCUUCUUUCUGUUUACACCAUCUUCUCUCUGUUCCUUUUUCACCGUUGUCCACCAAAAAGGAUUAUAUUCCGGUGGAAUGGGUGACGACGAGUGGCUUGCCAUCGAUCAAGAAUGUGAACCCACCACCACCAUCACCCUGUUACCACCAGGACGAACGACCUUCAUCUCCUUUGACCUUGCAACUGCAAGACGGUGGUAAUGGUGGUGGUGCCGGUGUCGGCAAUUUCGAAUCCAUUCAACAUCCCCGGGAGGUUCACAUCGACAAUCGUCACAGUUACCGAGAUCAGAAAAAAUUUAAUUCUCUCCAUUUAGACUCACACUCUCGUCAUCAGCACGAGUCCCAACUUCUUGGAAGUAGCCCGCACAAUCGUCGCAAUUCACAAAAACUUCUUAUUCAAGAAGUCGUGAUUAAUAUUCUUAAUAAUGGAAAUAAUGUUAAUCCCGGUUGUGUGAAUUUUAAUAACAUUGAGAAUAGUCAUGGUAACAAUGGUAAUGCUAAUGGUGGUGACGUUGGCCGAAAUAGUAAUAUCAGUACUGACACGGCAAAUCGGAAUACCGCCUACGAGAGUUUUCUGUCGCUAUCCAUCGAUACUUCGGAGAUGACAAUAUUUGAUUACAAGAUCAGUGAGUUAACCAAGUUCAACGAUGGUGACGAUCUUGAGGUUGAAAAUUUAGAGACAAGGGAUGAGCACGAAGGUGAAGAGUGGAAGGACGUCAUGGAAGAACUUUAA